GACCCAACAACUCCAAUUCCUCUCUCUCUCUCUCUCUCUACUGAAUCAAUAAAUCACCUAAAAAGGAAAACCAAGAACAAGCUAGAGUUUUGGAUUUCCCCUUUGUUUUUACUUUUUUUGUUUGUUCUGAAAUCGAUGUUAUGCUCGCUGUUGAAGCGUGGAUUGGGGAAUCUGUGCAGAUCGGCGUUGAGGUUUCUUGACAGGUCGAUUUCGCGAGCUAUGGGCUGCUUCUUCGGUUGCUUUCGGGACAAAGAUGAUCGCCACCUCCGCUCUCGCCCUCACCUCGUCUCUCAGUCCUCUCGUAACCCCCAGACGGAAGUCGUGUUAUCCCAAAACCGUUUGUCUGCUCUAUUUUCAGCUGAAGAGCAAGAAGGUUCUCCAAGCAAAGAUAGGGAAAGUCCGCGUUAUGGGUCUCCACAAAUUGACAAGGAGCUCAGGAAUGAGGCCAAGUUUCUUAAAGCUUGUGGUACCAUAGCGGAAACCCCAGCUGAAAUUCGUAAAGUGUCUUCAAGGUUAAAUGGCUCACCCCAUCAUGAUAGAGAUUCAGAGCCUCCAAAAUUCAACUCAUGGCUCCCAAACACAUCCUUUAGAAAUCUUCAGCAAGAGUUGGAUCAACCAGAUCAUCCCCUUACGCCUAUGAAGUACAAUGAAGAGUGGGGAAUGGGUUCAGGUCCUUCUGAGCAUACGCCUAGCAGUUGUGAAUUCAACCAACAGAAUACUGGUAGGAUCGCUAUCAGCUCUUCUGGAGGCAGCGGAAUAGGUACUGAUUCCACAGUGAAGAGUCAUACUAACCGGACUGAGAAUAUUACAACUCCAGAUGUCCAGUGCAGGAGCAAGGCUGUUCGCUUUGAAUGCGAUAAUAAUACAAAUUCCUCCAGAGGUUCUUCAUCCGAAAAUUAUAACCGGAGUUCAAAAGUAUGUGAAACUCCAGGAAAACAGAGCAUAUCAAAGCCUUCGGUUUAUCCAACCCCACUAACUCUUUCUGAGGAGAUGCAGACACCAGGAACUGUUUUCCCUGCAAAUCUCGAAAACUUUCCAAAUGGAAGGGCAAGAAUCAGGUCCCAGUAUGUGUAUUCAGUGCAAAACCCUGUAGACGGCAUCUCUCAGUGGAAUGUACUGAAAGACGAAGAUCCUAAGUCACUUGGACAUUCUGGUGAGCCAAGAAGAAUCUCUUAA